AUGCUGAAACAAUUGCAAAUGGGCAUUCGCGCGUUCAUGCUAAUCGCAUCCAAAGUAUGGAGUUGUUUUUGUUAUAUGUUUAGAAAGCAAUAUCGAGCGGUAAAUAUAAAAUUUUAGCGGCUUUUAGUGAAAUUGUAUGUAUUUACAAGUUUUGUGUCUCACGUGGUGUUUGCUUUUCAGUUGGCUCAAUAUCAAUCUGUCAAAUAUGAAAUAUAUCCACUUUCCCCAGUAUCUCGACACAGGCUGAGUCUAGUCAAAAGGAAAAUGCUGGUACUAGAUUUAGACGAGACGCUAAUACACUCGCAUCACGACGCAAUGUUACGGCCGACGGUGAAGCCAGGGACGCCACCGGAUUUUGUCCUGAAAGUUACCAUAGACAAACAUCCCGUUAGAUUCUUCGUGCAUAAACGGCCUCAUGUUGACUAUUUUUUGGAUAUUGUGUCACAAUGGUAUGAGUUGGUGGUUUUCACGGCGUCGAUGGAGAUAUAUGGGGCGGCGGUCGCUGACAAACUUGACAAUGGACGAGGAAUUCUUAGGAGAAGGUUUUACAGACAGCACUGUACCGCAGAACACGGGUCAUACACAAAGAACCUUUCGUCGAUAUGCGACGAUCUAAACAGGGUUUUCAUCCUGGACAAUUCUCCGGGUGCAUAUCGGGAUUUCCCAGAUAAUGCAAUUCCCAUAAAGUCGUGGUUCUCGGACCCGCUGGACAUAGCGCUGCUCAACCUGCUGCCCGUACUUGACGCGUUGCGGUUUACACACGACGUGCGCUCCGUGCUCUCCCGCAACCUGCACCUGCACCGCCUGUGGUAGCGACCGGGACCGCAAAUACCGGCUAUUGUACAAAUCAAGGAGGCGGUGGCGCUUCCGGAUCCUAUUUAUUAUUAUUUUUUUCACUCGUUAGGUCCUUCAGCGCUUCUAUUCAAAUAUACAUAUAGAUUUAAUAUAGUUAAAUAAUGUUUUUUAAGUUUUGUUUUUAAAAUGAAAAGUGAUUAGUGUAUAAUAUACCUAGACAGUGUAUAUUUUAAGUCAACCUACGUGUGUAGGAGUGUGGGUAGUUUAAAACGCCCAUUUAUUAUCUGUGGAACGUUAUGGACUUGGACCUCGUGUCCUGUCGCUUGACAGCUAGCGGGGACGACUGUUUUCUAUACCAGAUUCUGUUUAAGUGUAGAAUAAAUAACUUAAGAACCAUUCUGUAAUGGUUUACUUGUUGAUUAAAAGGAUUAGUUAUCAA